AUGUCGUUUGGUAAUGAUAUAUUUGAUGACAUGGAUAACAAUCCAUUUGCAGAACCAUCUGAAGAAACUCCGGUGCUUGAACAGGAAACCACUACUGAUACCGUUGAAUCCGGCACAGCUGAGCCUCCUAAUAACACUAAUGAUAAUAAUGAUACUAACAUAAAUUCCACUCCUAAUGAAACUACACCUGUGACCACUCCUGGGAAUGAACCUCCAGUGAGAAAAGAGGAACCUCCACAGCCGGAUUUGGAGACAACAUUAUUACCGGAAAGAAAAGAACCUAAACUAUCAUUGAAAGUUCGAGUCACUAAAAUUGAAAGAGCAGGUACUACUUCGAAUCAACAAGAAAAUCCAAGUAUUAUAUUCGAUGUAUCCACCAAUAUCCCUACAUUCCGCAGAAAACUUUAUAGAAAUAUUAAAAAAACAUAUGAAGAGUUUAACAAUUUUUUCAAAUAUUUAAAUGGUUCAUUACCUGAAUCAUUUAUACCUUCUAUCCCACCUCCUUAUACAAACUAUGGUAUUGAAAAUCAUGAAGAUUUUGCUAAACUUUUGAAAAACUUUCAAGAAUGGUUCAAUAGAAUCGCCAUGGAUCAAUUGAUAUUAAGAAAGGAGGAAUUGGCCUUUUUCAUUGAAAGUGAUCAUUCUACAUAUAUUCCAAUUUCCAAGUACAAAUUACCCGCCACAGGUCUAAAGAGAAAAACUUUGAAACAAUUGAGCCCUCCCUAUGAUGAAGUUAUUGAACUAUCUGAAUUUAGACCUUAUGUCAAGAGUCUUCAUUGGAUCUCCAAAGAUUUACAAUCGAAAAUCGUUAAAUCAAGUAGAUCAAGAAAAUCAUUGGGGACCAAUGAAUCGAAUUUUGGUCAUGGAUUUAUGGCAUUAAAGGAUUUGAAUCAAAUUAAACAAAACUCUAAUAGCGUCAAUAAAACAAAUACAGCAUCAAAUGCAGAAAAUCAAUUAUAUAAGCGAUUUGGUAAAGUAAUAAAUGCUGUGGGGAAUAUUGAUAGUAUCAUUGCCACUUUAGAUAUGUCUACACUUUAUGAUGGCCUUGAGUGGAUCGUUAAAGAUACAUAUGUGGUUAAAGAAGCUCUAACAAAUAGGCAUUUGAUUAUGAGAGAAUUAUUAAAUGCUCAAAGUAACACGAAGAAUAAACAAGAAACUGCCAAGAAGUUUAGAAGUAAAAGAGAUAUAAACCCUUUAAAAGUAGACGAAUCUUAUAGACAAUUGAAAGAAGCUUCAGAUUAUGAAAAAAAAUUGACUUUUAAAUUACAAAGGAUUACCUUGAAUUUGAAGUAUGAAAAGGAAAAUUGGUUAAAUUGGUACAAGAAGAAACUGCAUCAAUCCAUUAAAGAAUAUACAGUUCAAAAGAUUAAUUAUGAAAGAAAGAAACUGACUAUUUUGGAAAAAAUUAGAAAUGAUGUUAGAAAGGCUGAUCCUAAUGGCGGGCUCUCCAGAUUGGGAAGAGAGAACUUGAUUAUCAAUGAUAAUAAAGAAGCUGAUGAUUCAAAUAGGAACAACGGAUUAACAACAUCUAUAUCAUCACAAGGUGUAGAAGGUGAUAGUUGGGCUGGCGAAACUCGUCGUAGAUCAAUUAUGGAGGCAGAUCGUUUGAAUCGUACAGAAUUCGAUGAUUCUAUCAAUGGAACUGACCAAAAUGAGCCAGAUAAUGAAGAUGAUGAGGAUAACAUCAGUGGUGAUCUAACAGCCACCGCUACCACUACUACUACCACCACACCUACAGGCAAGAUGGAUGAAUCAUUAAUGAAUGCAAGAGAUGCGGCUACUCUUCUAGGAACUGCUACUUUCUAG